GAUAUAAUGUCAAACUUAGGCAAUAGCCUAAGUUUGAUCUGAACCAAAAUAAUAACUUUGGUUCAGAUCACCUGGUAAAACACCUGAACUGACUUUGCUGUGGCCUUCAAUCUUCAAUAGAUUUAAAAGAGUUCUUACUAUUAUUAUCAGUCAAUUAAAAAUAAAUUUAAUAGAAUAUAUUGAAAUAGACAAAUUUAAUUUUAUAAUUUUAGAUAAUAAAAAUAUUUGGCAUUCGAGAUUAUAGUGAUCUUGUGGCAGCGGUAGAGGAUAAAUUUAGAGAUAAUAACCACAGAUUUAGUAGAGGUAAAAUAAUAGCGUGUACUGUUAUGGUUAUCUACUUACCACUAUCCCAAGCCGGUUGUGACGCUUCUAGUGGCUUUAUACUGCUCUCUUUCUAACUUGCACAUUGAAAAGAGAUAGCGAUUACCAUAUCCGGAAUCCUAAUAUCACAACGUCUUUUAGACCAAUCAGAAUGGAUAGUUCUUUUUUCAAAUUAUACAAGCGUCGUUGUGUACUGACUACUGACGCAUGUUGUAGCGUUGCUUAUUGAUAUUGUUUUGAAUAUAUUUUAUCGAAUUGUAAAAUUUUGUAAUUAAUAUGAAAUUCUAUGUGCUACAGGCACAACGAUUGCGUGUUUCAAUAUUUAAAUUCAUUUUAUAAUCAUUGGUAUUGUGAAUAUGUGUCUAAAUGAAGUAACGAUCUCGUUGCGUGUGGUGGCGUGAUAAUUUUAGCCAUUUAAACAAAUAAGUUGUGCAUCAUUGUAAACUAUCGAAAAUGUCUACAAGAAGUGGACGUGUGAGGGCUAGUAUAGUUGAUACAAGCCCUUCUCGCAGAAGAAAAGUUGCAUCGCCAUCGCGUUCUCCCGCCAGAAACCGUAAAGAAUCUACAGAGCGUACAACUCGCCAAUCACCUGCUAGAAAGUCUCCCAGCCGUAAACCUACUUUGAAAUACCCAGCUCGUAAGUCUCCUUCAAGAACAGUUAAAGAGAAAGACGAAUCUGUUUCAAAGUCUCCCGCAAAGCGGGCACCGAUGCAGAAUGCAGAAGUCAAGUUGGAAGACUUCUCUGCGAAACUCGAAGUUUUUCGUAGUACACGGUCCAAGCGUAUUGAGUAUACUGUGAAAGAUAUACCAAUAAAAUCAAUUGAAGAUGAUUUAAAUGGUGUUGAUAGCACAGAAUUUAGUGAAUAUAGUUUGAGAAAGCGCCGUUCAGUUGAUAUCGCUCCUAGACAAUCUAGUCGGCUACGAGACUUGGAAAAUGUACCAGACAUAAGAAGAAGUUUAAGUAAAUCCUUAAGCAAUUCCUUAAGUAAAUCAAUUAGCAAAACUAUUGAUACUUAUUCAGAUGAUGAACCUGAAUUGUUAUUCCGAGGAAAAUCAACAUCUGUUGUAAGAAAAUUAUCUACACCUGUUCCAAGCACAGUUUCAUUGGCACAAGUUAAUAACAAAUUUGAGUUUGGUGGGAUAUUUGGUGCUAUAGCUUUGAUAUUUAUCAUACCGCUAAUUGUAUUUGGGAUUUUAAGUUCAUGUACUAAAGUGUGUUCUCACAAUAUACACUUAGAUUUAACUGUGUAUAAAAAUACAAUAUGGUUUACUGUGCCCUCAUUGGAGAUUAUUCUUGUUCAAAACAUUUUACAAGCUGGAAUUCAUAUGUUACCGGUAUUGGGAAGCAAGCAAGUAGAUGGUGUAGGUAAAAAGUUGGGUUUCAAUGCUCUUUUCGCAAGUAUUGUUACACUAACCAUACUGUUUUCUCUGCAUUUCUAUAAAAUAUUCAAUAUUAAUUUGAUCUUGGACUCUCACUUACAGCUGGGAGUUGUAUCGUUUUUAAUAUCAGUUGUUUUGUCUGUGUUUCUUUAUUUGAAAGCUAGAAAUAUGAAUGAAAAUGAUUUGAAUCCCUAUGGAAAUUCUAAAUAUGCAGUCUACAAUUUUUUCAUUGGUCGAGAAGUCUACCCGCAGAUAAAGAAAUUUAAUAUAAAGUUAUGGACCUAUAGAGUGUGCAAUAUUACCACUCUUAUCCUACUGGUUCUUGUAUUAAAACAGAGUUUUUAUGUUGAAGUGAAAAACCUUGAAAACAUAAGUUUGACUAAUUAUCAAGAGAUACUAAGCGAGGUGCAAUACAGGCCAACACUUGCCGUAUUCACAUUGAUGCAAAUAAUAUAUGCUCUAUACUUUGUUAUCUGCGAGUACAAGGUUAUAUCCACAUUUUACUGGCAAUAUGAGGGGCUGGGAUAUAUGCAGUUAACUGCAACAGCAUUAUACCCAUUUUAUUUUACAAGUAUAUCAAAAUAUGUCGCAGACUCUGGAUUAAGUUUACGUACAAAUACUUUGAUAGCAGCAAGUGCAUUAUUCUUAUUUGGAUUUGUCUUUAUGUAUGUGAGUAACGACAUAAAACACAGGUUCAGGAAAAAUCCACUAGACCCGACGACAGUUCAUCUCGACUCGAUGCCAACGUUUCACGGGAAGAAGCUUCUUCUCUCCAACUUGUGGGGCUUCGUGCGUCAUCCGAAUUAUUUGGGGGAUAUCAUUAUGCAUAUAGCUUUAGCUUUACCUGGCAUUUUGUCUUCUCGGCCCGUGGCUGCUCUUCCGGCUUUACUCCCAAUAGUCGUUUUGAUACAUCGAGCCUGGCGGGACCAUUGCAGGUGUAGGAGGCGUUACGGGGCCGCCUGGCAGAGAUAUUGCAAACGGGUACCCUCACUAUUAUUGCCUAAAAUACUCUAGUAUAUGCUAAUAGAAACUAUAUUAUUAUUUUGUGAAUUUAUAGUGGUCUUUGCAAAGAAUAUUUUUCAGGUCAAAUGUUUUAGAAUUAAAGGAAUCCGGGGCCAAAUCACAAACGAAAGGCUAACUAAUGAGAAUAUAUGCUUAAAAUGCUGAUCUAUAAUUUUUAUUUUUAGUAAACUAUAGAAAAAUAUUUUACAGAUUAUAUACAUUUAUAAUUAGGUUACAUUAAAUUGAAGGUUAUUAAAUUUAGAUUUUAUUUAAUAACGUAUAAAAAUAAUAUAGGUAUGAAUUAUUUUUGCCAUUUUGGUCCCACCGGUUUGAGAUCUGGGUUUAUUUUAGUUUAUGAUUUAGAGUGGAUCGAUAGUCUAUAGUGAAUUCUUUUUAUAGAAAUGAGAUAUCUUAAUCAUUAGUUUUAAGGUUUGCUCAAAUGGUGUCUCACAGAUUUUGACAAGUACCUUGUUGUAUUUUAGUUUAUAUAUACUAUAUGAUCUAAGAAUUGACAAUUUGUGCCUCGUAAGCGCUUCAAAAGCAUGUAUUUCGAAUUAAUCUUAAUUUCGGUAAGAAAGUUUUUAUAGGGUUUUAUAUACAAUAUAUGUACUGAUAAUAUAACUACUCAUAACGGUAGUAAUACAUAUUUGUGAACAAUGCUCAUGUAGUUAAUAAAAUGUGUAAACAAAAAUAGAUGCCAAAGUCCACGUGAAAAUGGAGUACAAUUAACUCAAAGUACGUACAUAGUUUGAAAUCAAUGCAUUUCAGUUUUAGUAUACUCUAAUUAGUUUUUAUACAAUAUUAGUAAUGUUUAUGUAAUAGUGUGUUUAUUUCCAAUAAAAUAUUUGCCCUUAA